AAAAAGUGAAUAUAUACCCGUUACCCGCUUACAAAUAUCAUUCCGGGAUUCCCCUGUUUUGACAUUUGACUUCCUCUUCUCAUUUUAGGUCAGCAUCCUUUUCCCCUUCAAUCCUCUUAUCUUUAAUUCUACAAUUUUAUGUUAAUUGAAACAACAUGGGGGGUGGAAAAGAUAAACAUCAUGAUGAAUCCGACAAAGGGCUGUUCUCAAAUCUCGCUCAUGGUAUGGCUGGUGCUUAUGGGGGGCAUCAUGCUCCAGGGGGUUACCCUCCACAUCAGGGCUACCCUCCACAACAGGGCUACCCUCCUGCAGGCGGUUAUCCUCCCUCUGGCUACCCUCCUGCAGGCGGGUAUCCUCCCUCUGGCUAUCCCCCUGCUGGUGGAUAUCCUCCAUCUGGUUAUCCUCCUGCCGGUGGGUAUCCACCAGGUGGCUAUCCUGGUGCUCACGGCUCACAUCACGCAGGUGGCUCAGGUAUGGGAGGCAUGGGAGCAAUGCUGGCUGGAGGAGCCGCAGCUGCUGCUGCAGCUUAUGGAGCUCAUCAUCUGGCACAUGGUUCCCAUGGCCAUCACGGUGGUGGCAUUGGUCAUAUGGCUGGUGGAUUCGCUCAUGGUGGAAAGUUUAAGCAUGGGAAGCAUGGAAAGUUCAAGCAUGGUAAGUUUGGCAAGCAUGGGAUGUUUGGUGGUAAAAAAGGUCAUUUUGGGGGCGGAAAGUUCAAGAAGUGGAAGUAAUUUGCCUGUCUUCUGAGCUUCUGUACACAUAGCUAAUAACUUUGAUGGCUAAUUGGUACUGCUUAGCUUGAUGAUUAAGUCGUGAUUUCAUUAUCUAUCGUACUUAAGGAUUAUGUUUGGAUGUAGUUAUAAAUUUCUUGUCUUGUAUUGUUCUCUCGUUCGUGCCAGAACCAGUUGUUGUGUCCUCUUCUCCAUAACGCUAUAGAUAUGUUUUAUAUAUAUACAUAAUUAAACA